UCAUCACUAGAUGUUUACGUUCGCCAUGUGCCCGCUUGUUUGCGACGCGGCGCAUGUUUCGGAUGUCAGAAAGUAUGCCACACUUUUGGGCACAUUUCUUUCUCAGUACUCCUGGCUGAACGAUGCCUACGUAUUGGAUUACUUCGUUGAACAGCAAUGGCAUAAACUACCUCCUCCGUGGCAGGAGGCAUUGUCAGACAUCGAUUUAAGCGAUCUUUCCAACUGGCUGGAGACAGGACUGCCUGCGCAGAGGCGUUCGGUGUGGCCGCUGUCGCUGAUGUGCCUUGCGCCAGCAGCGAGGCUGCUAGCGUUGAGUCGAUGCCCUAUUGCAUCCCCAGCUGAUAUCCCGCUGUUGCUUCCAAAUGACUUCGCCGAUGAGAAGCAUCUACAGUGGCCAGUCUUUCACCGCUGUGGCAAUAGGAACCUGACACAUGCUUUCAGGAAGCAUGUAAAACUAAAGAAACAGCAUGAGAUCAUUAGAUUGGCAAUGGUGGUCGAGUUGCUUGCAAAGAAGUGCGACUGCUCACACGUGCUAGACGUCGGAUCGGGGCAAGGCCAUCUGGCUCGCUUGUUGGCGCUCGACAAGAAGCUGCGUGUCGCCACCGUGGACUUGGUUGACAGCCACUUGACAUCAGCGCAGCGAUUUGACAACCAGGCAGCACUGCAUGUUCAGAAGAAAAAAACAAUGGAGACUGAGGCAGAAGAAACGGAUUCAUCUUGCUAUCUUCCUCGACAUGUGGAGUUGGAAAUUUCUAUGGCUACGACACCUGCUGAGCUAGAACAGGUUGCAGAAAAAGCAUGGGGAAGAGCGAAGUCUGGUGUGGAAAAUUUUGUGCUCGUUGGUCUUCAUACGUGUGGAAAUCUCGGCCCGUCGAUGAUUCAGCUUUUUGCCGACUCACCGGCUGCUCAGGGCCUUGUUUCCGUUGGCUGCUGUUACAUGAAGCUCAACGAAGACAGCUGUGAAGGAAUGGAAAGGACAACGGCAUACCCUAUGAGCAGCCAUGUCUGCGCCCUGGGAAAAGUUGCUGCACUCAGCUACCAAGCACGAGAGGUUGCUUGUCAUGCUUUUGAAGUCUAUACCAGGAAAUUGAAAGAGUCACCAUUGGCACUGAAAAUCCACUGCUAUCGAGCCCUGCUGGAGAGACUGAUAGUGGACCGGUACGAAGACCAGAGGCACUGCGGCUUGGGAUCAGUCAAACACGCUGCUAAUUUGACAUUUUCACAGUAUGCGAGAAAAGCUCUGGAGAAGUUUCCGUUGCCUCUGCCUGAUGAAGAUCUGGAUUUGCCCGAGCUAGAGCUUGCAAUGAACGAGUGGCAGCGUGUUGUCAUCUUCUACUCCUUACGUCUCCUUCUGGCCCCCGUCAUCGAAUCUCUGCUCCUCGUCGACCGCAUGCUGUACCUCUGGGAUCGCUGCAUACCGAGCUGCAUUUUGCCCCUGUUUGAACCCUGCCUCUCACCAAGGAACCUGGUACUGCUGGCAUUCAAAGAAAACAGUCAUAGAGGCGAGCAGCAUUUUAAAGAUGUAUAGGUGUACAGAUAAUAAAUUACAACUUUUGAGGUGG